UUUUCAUUGUGAAGUUUUCUUUCUAACUUAAUAUGAUGGAUGUUCGGGGUUCUCUUUAUUCGAAGUCCUUGGCACUUGCAUCAACAGAAGAAACUAGAAAUGCUGAGGUGAUCCGUCGAUCAUCUAAUUAUCACCCCAGUGUCUGGGGUGAUUAUUUCAUUGUUUCGACUACUGAUAUGAAGCCCGAUCCUGAAGUUGAGAAGAGAAUUGAAACGCUGAAAGAAGAUGUAAGAAAAAGAUGCUAAGCAAUGCAGCAGGAAAAGCAACAUUAGAAGAACUAUCGACUCUUAUUGAUACUCUUCAACGCCUUGGCGUGGCAUAUCACUUUGAAUAUCAGAUCAGCCAGGCCUUACAGUCAAUUUACAACAACUAUGUUGAUAAUAACAAUAUUAAUGGUAGUGAUGACGAUGAUCUGUAUACAAUUGCUCUUCGCUUCCGGCUUCUAAGGCAACAAGGUUAUUCUCUGUCAUCAGAUGUAUUCAAAAAGUAUGUUGAUGAUAACGGUGAAUUUAAGGCCACGUUGGCAAAUGAUGCAAGAGCUUUGUUGUGUUUGUUUGAAUCAUCGAAUUUGAGAAAGGAAGGAGAAGACAUAUUGGAACAACUCCAACGAUUUUCUACCAGGCAAUUGAAAUCAAUGUUGCCUCAUUUAAACUCUUCUUUCGCUGAGGAAGUGAAUCGCACCCUAGAGCUACCCUUGCACAAAAGGAUGCCGAGAUUAGAAGCAAGGCAAUAUAUCUCCAUCUAUGAAGGAGAUGCAGCUCGAAACGACCUAUUAUUGGAGAUAGCGAAGUUAGAUUUCAAUUCCUUACAGAAAUUGCACCGGACAGAGCUCUGUGACCUCUCAAGGUGGUGGAAAGCCAUCGAUUUUGCGACAAAGCUAUCUUUUGCAAGGGAUAGGUUGGUGGAGUGCUACUUCUGGAUUUUGGGAGUUCAUUUUGAGCCCAAAUAUUCCAUCAGUAGAAAAUACAUGACCAAAAUCAUCGCAAUAGCCUCUGUCAUAGAUGAUAUCUAUGAUGUAUAUGGCACCCUGGAUGAACUCAAGCUAUUCACUAAUGCAAUUGAGAGGUGGGAAGUUUUGGCUGCAAAUGAUUUACCCGAAUAUAUGCAAGUAUGUUACUUUGCUCUCUUAGACGUUGUGAAGGAAAUGGAGGACAACCUGGUGAAUGAAGGACGAUCUUAUCGUGUACAUUAUGCAAAAGAGGCACAAUCUGGUUCAACACAAAGUAUGUGCCACUUUGAAGAAUACUUGGAGAUUUCCGUGAUGAGCAGUGGAUACCCUAUGCUUUCUGUUCAAGCUCUUGUAGGUUUAGAAGAAGUAGCACUAAAAGCCUUCGAUUGGGCUAUUAGUGUUCCUAGAAUCCUCAGGUCUUCUGCCUUAAUUGCUCGUCUCGUUGAUGACAUCCAUACUUACAAGUUGAGGAAGAGCGAGGGAUGCGCCAUCAGGAUGUGCAAUGCUACAUGA